AUGGAAUCCGCCAAGGUCCCCGUCAAGCUCGUCAAGGUCACCCGCGUCCUCGGCCGUACCGGCUCUCGUGGUGGUGUUACCCAGGUCCGCGUUGAGUUCAUGGACGACACUACCCGUUCCAUCAUCCGUAACGUCAAGGGUCCCGUCCGUGAGGACGACAUCCUCUGCCUGCUCGAGUCCGAGCGUGAGGCCCGCCGUCUCCGAUAA